AUGGGUGCUGACGAGGCCCUGGCCGCGGGCCCUGCGGUGGCACCUGAUGGGGAGAAGCAGCCCUGCAUUAGGGUGCUCAGCCUCUCAUGGAAUGCUGCAGGGUACCAUACGGCUGUGCCUUCUGCUGUAUGGAAGGGCUCAACCCCCAUUUCCUAUCGCCGCCUCUCGCAGAGUGGCCAGUAUGUCGGUAAAGAUCAGCCUCUGCAGAGCGCUGCCCUUCACUUGCGCUUGACUUUGGCGGAGUUGCCUUCCCUGGACACAUACCGAUGGCGCACAAAGGAUUGCCUCUUAGUGUCCGAGGCACUCCUCCGCAAGGACCGCUACAUUUCUGCUCCACCAGUUCCCUUUUUGGACCAAACUCAGGUGCAUCAGAGGCUUUCUCCGUGGCAGAGUGUGCGAGUGGUCUAUUGCAGUACGGUAGUGCCCUCCGAUGAAGUGACAGUGGUUUACCAAAACGGGUUACCUGUGAUUUCUGUGAAUCUUCCAUCCCGGCGUGAGCGCUGCCAGUUCACGCUUAAACCUAUCUCAGACUCUGUUGGUGUGUUCUUACAACAGCUGCAAGCAGAGGACCGAGGAAUUGAUCGGGUUGCAAUCUAUUCGGCAGAUGGCACACGUGUUGCCUCCUCCACAGGCAUAGAUCUGCUUCUGCUGGAUGACUUCAAACUGAUCAUUAAUGAUGUCACGUACCAUGUUAGACCACCAAAGAGAGAGCUCUUAAGCCAUGAAAACGCAACGACGCUGAAUGAUGUCAAGACACUGGUCUAUUUGUAUACCGCCUUGUGCAUUGAGGAGCACCAGCUGAACAAAGAGAAGGAGCUGAUAGGGAGACUAGAGGAAUUGAAGGAGCAACUAGCACCACUAGAAAAAGUAAGGAUGGAGCUCAGCAUGAAAGCAGAGAAGAGGACAACCUUGGUGCUGUGGGGAGGCUUGGCCUAUAUGGCCACUCAGUUUGGGAUUCUGGCCCGCCUUACCUGGUGGGAGUAUUCUUGGGACAUUAUGGAACCAGUCACUUAUUUCAUCACCUAUGGUAGUGCCAUGGCAAUGUAUGCUUAUUUCGUAAUGACUCGCCAGGAAUAUGUUUAUCCAGAUGCCAGAGACAGACAGUACUUAUUAUUUUUCCAUAAAGGCGCCAAAAAGACACGAUUUGAUCUAGAGAAAUACAAUCAACUCAAGGAUGCAAUUGCUCAGGCAGAAUUGGACCUUAAGAGGCUUCGAGACCCACUGCAGGUUCACCUGCCCAUCCAGCAAAUUGAUGAAAAGGACUGAUCAGCAAAGCAGCUCUGAACCCCGGCAAAAAACCUGUUCAUAGCUCUUGCCUUUUUAAUUAAAGCAUUGCAGGUGGAAGCUGGGAGGUGGUGUGGGGGUGGAGGGUUUUUACCUUUAAUCAAGACAAAGGACUAUAGUGGGGGAAAUCUCUUAAAUUGAAGAUGGGACAUUGUGGAAUGUUAGUUCUGAAAAGGGCUUGGAAAAUAGUCACAUUUAAAAACUGUAUGAAUUGCUAUUGUGUACAAUACAGGAUUGGGGGGGUUCAUAAAAAGAAUGUAAUGCUGGGGUGUAGGGGUGUCUUCUUCCAGCUUUGCAGGGUCUGCCUCUUGAUAAGACACCAGCAGCCUGCUUAGCUUUUUAAAUUUACCUUUACCUGAUUCAAAUCUCUUUCUCUCUCAAAUAAAAAAGGAAAAAAAAAAAACAACCAAGGAACAAAGAAUC